UUGGCACCUUUCGUUACCCGUAGUUUCAUCAUCCUCGGCUGGUGGGUGGUGGUAGCGUGGCUCCGCGUUUUUUAAAUGCAAAUUUAAACAUUUUGACAACGUUUAAACGUUUCAUUGUUUUUAUUUUCAAAGUUCAAUCAAAAGAGUGGCAAAGGCGAACCCCCCAUUCAUUGACUGCGACGUUGGCGACUUCGCUGCCUUGAAAGCCGGUGAUGUUGUCCCCGACACUCUACACGCACACCGGUGGUGAUGGGGGAGAUGUUGAUGUCAUCACCGCCCGCGUCCUCAUCACCGCUCGCUUCUCCGGGGUCAACAUCAACGUCACCAGCGACUCCACGCGGAUACCCCGGGCGCUCUGGAAGUCGCUGCCGGUCCUGGAAUCGAACUCGGGCUUCAACCUAUCGGGCGCCCACGCCAUCGCCUUCUACCUGGCCGGGUUGGGGCCGGGGCCGGGCGCGGACCGGUGGGCGGGACUAGGCCAGGGGGCGGAGCAGGAGGCGACCGUCCUCCAAUGGGUGGCCCUGGCCGAGGGCACGUUGCUCCCGGCGACCGUCGCCACGUGCUUUCCCUCCGUCGCCAGGGGCGACCACCGCAAGGCGGCGUCGCGAGCCCGAGCGGAGAUCUUCACCGUCCUCUCUGCCCUGGACUCGACCCUGCGCCACCGGACCUUCCUGGUCGGCGAGCGCCUCUCCCUCGCCGACGUCUCCGUGGCGACGGCCCUGCUGCUGCCCUUCGCGCACGUGUUGGACGCCGCCGCCCGCGGGCGCUACCCUCACGCCACGCGCUGGUUCCUCACCUGCGCCCAUCAGCCCGAGUUCCUCUCCGUGCUGGGGCCCGUGGCCCUGCCGCGCCAGCCCGCCGGGGACGGGGGUCACCCGGCUCCGGCCAAGGGUCAGCCCGCCGGGGCCGAGGGUCAGCCGGGCCCGGCCAAGGGUCAGCCCGCCGGGGCCAAGGGUCAGCCGGGCCCGGCCAAAGGUCAACCCGCCGGGGCCAAGGGUCAGCCGGCCCCGGCCAAGGGUCAGCCCGCCGGGGAGAAAGGUCAAGCGGCCGCAGAGGGCACAGCGAACGGAGACGACGCUAAGCCCAAGACGCCGGCGCAGCUCAAGAAGGAAGCGAAGAGGAAGGAGAAGCUGGACAAGUUCCAGCAGAAGCAGGAGAAGGUGAAGGAGUCUCGGGCCGACGAGCAGCAGCAGCAGCAGAAGAAGAAGGCCAAGGUGGAGAAGAAGGAGCUGGAGGUGAUCACCUAUGACGUGGACACCCCGCCCGGGGAGAAGAAGGACGUGUCAGGCCUCAUGCCCGAGGCAUACAGCCCUCGCUACGUGGAGGCUGCCUGGUACCCCUGGUGGGAGAAGCAGGGAUUCUUCAAGCCCGAGUACGGGCGUGCGAGUGUGUCGGAGGAGAACCCCAAGGGGGUGUUCAUGAUGUGCAUCCCCCCGCCCAACGUGACCGGCUCCCUGCACCUGGGCCACGCACUCACCAACGCCGUGGAGGACACGCUCACCCGCUGGCACCGCAUGAGAGGAGAGACCACUCUGUGGAACCCGGGCUGCGACCACGCCGGCAUCGCCACCCAGGUGGUGGUGGAGCGCAAGGUGAAGAAGGAGCUGGGGCUGAGUCGCCACGACCUGGGCCGGGACAACUUCGUUGAGCACGUGUGGGCCUGGAAGAGGGAAAAGGGCGACCGCAUUUACCAUCAGCUGAGGACACUAGGCUCCUCUCUGGACUGGGACCGUGCAUGCUUUACCAUGGACCCCAAGCUGUCGCGCGCCGUGCAGGAGGCGUUUGUGCGUCUCCAUGACGACGGCGUCAUCUACCGUGGCAACCGCCUCGUCAACUGGUCCUGCAGCCUCAACUCGGCCAUCUCCGACAUCGAGGUGGACAAGAAGGAGCUGAGUGGCCGCACACUGCUGCCGGUCCCCGGCUACUCGGAGAAGGUCGAGUUCGGAGUCCUCGUGUCCUUCGCCUACAAGGUGGAGGACUCAGACGAGGAGGUGGUGGUGGCGACCACGCGAGUGGAGACCAUGCUGGGAGACACGGGCGUCGCAGUCCACCCCGACGAUCCCCGCUACACGCACCUGCGGGGUCGGUUCGUGCUGCACCCGUUCUGCGGGCGCCGCCUGCCCAUCGUCCACGACGACUUCGUGGACACGGCCUUCGGAACAGGCGCGGUGAAAAUCACUCCGGGGCACGACCUCGCGGACUUUGAGUGCGGAUCGCGGCACGGCCUGGAGACCAUCACCAUCCUGGACUCGAGCGGCACCCUCCUCAACGUGCCACCACCGUUCCUGGGGAUGCGCAGGUUUGACGCCAGGGUCGCGGUCCUGCGGGCGCUGGAGGAGCGUGGUUUGGCACGUGGAGUCACCGACAACCCCAUGGUGGUGCCCAUCUGCAGUCGCUCCAAGGACGUGGUGGAGCCGCUGCUAAGGCCCCAGUGGUACGUCCGCUGCGGCGAGAUGGCAGCGGCCGCCUCGGCCUCCGUGCGCAGCGGCGAGCUCAGCAUCGUCCCGCGCGCCUUCCGGAAGACCUGGUUCUCCUGGAUGGACAACAUCAGGGACUGGUGCAUCUCCCGGCAGCUGUGGUGGGGGCAUCGCAUCCCCGCGUACCACGUGACCAUUCAGGGGGGCGGCCACACCACGGCCAGCGCGGGUGACGAUGUGGACGAGCUGUGGGUGAGCGGGCGCACGGAGGAGGAGGCGAGGGCAAAAGCGGCGAAGAAAUUCAACGUUGACCCCCAGCUUAUCCACCUGCGACAAGACGACGAUGUGCUGGACACGUGGUUCUCAUCCGGACUCUUCCCCUUCUCCAUCUUCGGUUGGCCCGACGAGACGGAGGAGCUGCGCGUGUUCUACCCGGGCACGCUGCUGGAGACGGGUCACGACAUCCUCUUCUUCUGGGUGGCACGAAUGGUCAUGCUGGGACUCCGGCUGCUCGGGAAGCUGCCCUUCAAGGAGGUGUACCUGCACGCAAUCGUGCGCGACGCCCACGGGCGGAAGAUGAGCAAAUCCCUGGGCAACGUCAUCGACCCGGUCAGCGUCAUCCACGGCAUCACCCUGCAGGAGCUGCACGAUUCCCUGCAGGAUGGAAACCUCGACCCUCUGGAAGUGCAGAAAGCCAUCGAGGGCCAGACAGCGGACUUCCCAAACGGAAUCCCGGAGUGCGGCACGGACGCCCUGAGAUUCGCGCUGUGCGCCUACACGGCACAGGGCCGAGACAUCAACCUGGAUGUGAACCGGAUUCUGGGCUACCGCCACUUCUGCAACAAGAUGUGGAACGCCACGCGGUUCUGCCUCAAGGUGCUGGGCCCGGACUUCCGUCCAGCAGCGACGGCCGCGGUGCCGGAUGGCGCCGGCGAGAUGGAACGCUGGGUCCUGAGCCGGUUGAGCGCCGCCGUGAGCGCCUGCGACGCGGCGUUCCGCUCCUACGACUUCCCCGCCAUCACCACGGCCAUCUACAGCUUCUGGCUCUACGAGCUGUGCGACGUCUACCUGGAGUGCGUGAAGCCUCUGGCGGGAGGCUCUGCGGAGGGCGCUCCCCCGGCGCCCGGCCUAGCCGCGUGCCGCCAGGCCCUCUACUCGUGCCUGGACGGGGGCCUGCGUCUGGCCGCCCCCCUCAUGCCCUUCCUCACCGAGGAGCUCUACCAGCGUCUGCCACGCAGGCCGACGGCGGCGGCGCGGCCCCCGCCGGCCUCCAUCGCCGUCAGCCCCUACCCGGAGGAGCACGAGAAGUACAGGACAACGAUCGGUUGCCCUGCCCUCUGA